AUGUUCUCGUUCGCCGCGUCGCCGCCGUCGACGCCCGCGAAGCGCGCGCCGUCGUCGCGCGACGACCUCGAGACCGAUCGCGGACGCGGCGGCGACGACGCGCCGGUGACGCCGACGAAGGGCGCGCCCGUGCGCGUCGACGCGGCGGUCAAGGGAGUGUAUCGAUACAUCGAUAAGAAGACGUACUUGGAUUGGGGACUGACGAGCGAUUGGUCGGUGGAGGGACCGAGGAAGCGUCGGUCGAUCGGCGGCGACGACGACGACGCGGCGAAGCGGGAGCGCGAGGAGGCGGACGGAGACGACGCUCGGCGAGCGAAGAAGGCGAAGACCGCGACGGAGGAGGGUGAAGAUGAGAACGCGGCGAGCGAGGGGUACGGAGAGAUGACGGAGGGGUCGAUCGAGCGGUUGCUGCAGCUGUUGCGAGGUUUGUCGAGCGCCGACUUGGACGCGCCGUUGCCCGUGCGAACGCCCGUGAAGGGGAAGUCGAUGUCGGAGAUGUGGGCCGAUCUCAACCUGUGCGAGGACAGCACGUUCAUCGAUGUCGGGAGCGGAUACGGGAAGGUGGUGUUUCACGCCGCGCUUUCGGCCAAGGUGGCAAAGUCGGUGGGGAUCGAAUACGUUCCUUCGCGAGCGCAAAAGGCUUCUGAAGUCCAAGCUGAACUUUUGAACGGCGAUCGAGCGUUCAUGACGGACGAGGGACGCGAACUCGUGUCUCCGCCGAGGUGCGAGUUGGAGCAAGGCGACGCGACGACUCGCGGAGCGUUCAAGUUUUCGCACAUUUACAUGUACGAUCGCGUCUUCAACGAAAAGACGCUCGCGCUCUUGGCCAAGCAGCUCAACCGCUCGAACUUCCAGGUGCUCGUGACGUACCAGCGCGUGGAGUUGUGGCGACGAUUAGGUUUGCGAAACGUCGAGCACGUGCACUCGUUCACGAUGCGCACGACUGGUGGACAAAAUUUCAAGGCGUACAUCUUCGUGAAAGGGGCGUACGGCGGGGCGGGAGCGGCGUGA